AAACAAAAAUCAAAUUAACUUCCUUGGUAUUCUCUAUCUUUCAUUAAAAUUUCUAAAUUUUAAAUAAAAAUUCAUUUUUUGGUCCACUUAAUAAUAAAAUAAUAAAAAUAAGUCUUCAUUUCAAAAUUACAAAUCAAAAUAGUUAAAAUGACAACCGAUUUUAAUUUGAAUCGUUUGAACUUGCCAAACAUGGUCGGCCGGCAGUUAAAUGGAGUUUCGCUACCCGUUAAUCGAUACUUUAGUCCUCUUGUUAUAUCGGAUAAACGUAAAGCUCUUGAGCAUAAACAACCCAUGCACAUGGCGAUGAGCACUUCCGUCACUGAUAUUGUUGCGGCUGUGCAUAACAACUUAAGAAGUACAACAGAACAACCCAAAAUCGCAGAGGAGAAACCAAAGUUAGUGAAAGAAACCGUGGCAGAGUUCUCGAUAGAAAAUCUCCCUGUGGUUGAAACUAAAAACGAUGCAAAAAGCAACAUUAAAAAGUUAAGAUUCCCACUGAACGAAACUUCCAUACCACAAAUUAAAGCAGCACGUGCUAAUAAACAACAACAACGCAUGCGCCGUAGUAUACUAAAACCUAGUGACUAUGACGAUCUAGUCAGUCAGAGGCGAAUACUUGAGGUAAGGGAGCAGAAACGCAUUUUAGAAGAUAUGCUUAUACAACACCAGCGUUUACAACGCGACCGACAAUCAAUCGAAAUGGAGAUACAAGCGAUGAGAGAACAUUUAAGCGAUCUACGAAACAAAUUGGAUGUCUCUUUAAAAAAAUUAACAACCAAACCAAUCGGAUACAAUCAAGUCUUACUAAAACCCAAAAUGGUUUCCAGGCCGCAAAAAUUUAAUCCUAUGUAUUCACGAAAGUUGCCAAUGGUGCCUGCUAAGCCACCUGCUCUACAUUCAAUAUUGAAAGUAUCAAAUGCCAUGCCAAAAUCAACAAAUCAAGUGGGAAAGCCCGCAAAGAGUCCAGCCCCAAAGAGACGAAGUCCAACACGUAAAUCGCCAAUUUUUUCGAAAAAUACGAAACGUUGAGAUGCACUCAUAGACAUACAUACAUAUUAAUAAAUGUACUUGUAAAUGGCUAUAAGCUGGUGAUACCGAAAAGGUAUUUCAGUAAGAUCACUGUAAUAAGCCUUUGUUGCUUAACGGUAAAUUGUCUACAAAUUGAAAGUCCACAUGAAACGGCCGAAUUAAUAUCGUGCAUAUGAGUUCUGUGAAGAGAAUGUGGCCUCUUUCCAAAGGCCGCGUGGGCGUACUUAUUGUAGCUUCUGAGUGCCUGAGACACAGCAUAUUGUUUGCUUUUUAGUUGCUAGGUAACUUUAAAAAAAUUGCUAAAAAUAGCAUAAUUUAAAAAUUAAAUACGCAAAAAAAUGUGCAAAUAAUAAUAGUUGUGUGCGUUAAGAAAAUUAGCCAUCAACUUAAAUUAAGAGCGUAAGUGAGAAUUGUCUCCGAAAUAGAAUAAAAAACGAA